AUAAUGGGAGCAUCGCAAGGGUGCACCCCAAUGAGUCGAGGGUCCGUGAAUUCCGAAAUUGCCCUUAGUCCAUGCUACCGUUUAAAUUCCAAAGUUGCUUUGCAGAAGAGAAUAGAGGUCUGUUUGGGGGCAAGUAACGUAAGCUGUGGCGGCACUCAAAACCCUAACACGGAAGAAACGGUCCCAAUCUCACAGAACAGAAUUUAUUCGUUUGUUUCUCGGGGGAGUGCAAGAAACUCAUCCAGUUGAUUCUUGGUUUGGUAAGUGGUGAAAAUGGUGCGAAACAAGGCUUCAUCAAAGAAGCAGCAAAAGCGUGGAGUAGACUUCAAAAAAAUAAAGCGGAAGAUUGGUAGGAAAUUGCCACCACCGAAUAAUGCGACAAGCACUGAAAUCAAAUCCAAAGCAAUUAUUCUUCCUGAGCAGAGUGUGGCAUCAGAGAAGGCAGGUUUAGCCGUGAGCAAGAAAGGUUUAACAUUAAAAGAGCUUCUUCAGCAGACAUCCCACCACAACCCAAAAGUUCGAAAAGAUGCAUUGAUAGGUAUUAGGGAUUUAUUCCUUAAAUAUCCAGCAGAGCUGAAGUUGCACAAAUAUGCUGUUAUGGAGAAACUUCGUGAACGCAUUAGUGAUAAUGAUAGAGUUGUCCGAGAGACAUUAUAUCAACUUCUUAAGUCAGUCGUUUUCCCCGGCUGUAAGGAGGAUAAUCAAGGGCCUUUCAUUUCCAUGAUGAUGGCUUACAUUUUUAAUGCAAUGACACAUUUAGCAGUUGAUGUUAGGUUGAUGGCUUUCAAAUUUUUUGACCUUGUUGUCCAGCACUAUCCACCUUCCUUUUCCUUGUAUGCUGAAAAGAUUCUCCAAAACUAUGAAGAUAUUCUACAGAAGAACCAAUUCUAUUUGCAGGACAAGGGAAAGCUCAAGAAUGCUCUUGCUGGGUUGGUGCGCUGCUUGACACUGUUGCCAUGUAAUACAAGAGAAGUUGUCUCAUCAUUUGAAGAGAAUCUUGCUGGGCAAAGGGUUUUGCAUGCUUUUGAGCCUGAUUUGCCUAAAGAUCCUGCAGGAUUUGAUCUCAUCAUCAAGAAGCUAAGGGACCUCGUGCCAGUUUUGAUCAAUUGUUUCCAUGAAUUCAUUCCAUUGGUUCAUGCUACCAUGCAUCUUGACGCUCAAUCAUUCGACUGUAUGCUAUAUAUACUUCAGAGCAUAGAUCUUGCAGUCAGGUUCUUUGUCUAUGGGACUGGCAAGUCUCAACCAGGAUUAUGCUCAUCUAUACACCCUUAUGAAGGACCAGAUAUGACCAUGUGGGAUCAAGAUGUCUCACCUGUAGUAUUGAAGAAGUUGCUAGUUGUAUUUCCCCUUAACCAAAGACAUGACCUUUCUGAAAAGGAUGGCGAUAGAUAUUUCAUCUUGAAUGUCGUGAUUACAGAAAUAUUUUUACACUUAAGUGAAUGGAGCUAUCCUCCUCCUGAUUUGUUGGAAAUAUUUCUAGAAUUCAUAGAAAAUGCACUGUCUGGAAAGACUAGCAGUGCUGCAGAGUCCGGUAAAGCAUUUCGUGAAAAGCAUUUACUUUCACUUCUUCCUUUCAUUCCCAAACUUGUAUCACGAGUUUCAAGAAAUUGGAGUUUGCGUAUUCUUCAGGCAUUUACUAAAGCUUUCAAGGACAGCAAUCCAGAGUCUUCAGUGAAAUUGGCCUGCCUUUCUAUAAUAGAGGAAAUGCUAGUCCCUAGACAUGGCAUCCCAUCCCUAGAUGCAAGUGAUCCAGAAAUAUUAGGACAUCAGACGACAUGGAUAAGAGAGCUGCCUUUGUUGCUAAUCAUGUUGGGUGAUAAGCACCCAUCAUAUUCCAAGGUAGUGUUGCACCUUCAACUUCGCCUGGGGCAAUGUGCUCUUUUAAAUUCUGCUGUUGCACAGGAAUAUGACAACAUGCAAUACUCGCUGCUUGAAUUCUACUGCACUUGUUUGGAAGAAAGAAGCAUGUUUUAUGGUCCUUUCAUAAAGCUUGCCAGAGAUUCCCAGGAACUUUCUGUCUGUUGCCUUUACUAUUUCUCCCAUUUGGAUUCAUCUCUGCUCAAGUCAAUCGCUUUUUGUUGUCUAUGUGAUGAUUUGGAACCAUUUAUGUUAUUUCGAAUAAUAGAGGUUCUGCAUUCAGCAUAUAAAGCUGGGCAUAUUCAGAUUGCCGAUCAUAUUAGUUUCUUCAUCACUCUACUUUCACGAUUCAGAGUUUUUCCUGAAGAGAUUUAUACGGUUAUGGAGGGUGACAAGAAGAUGUCAAAUCGUGGGAUUUUCAAGUCAGUUACUAGUGUUGUUUCCUCUUGCCUGCUGCAGAUGGGGGAAGAUUCACUUGUUUUUCAGAUACUGGAGGAAGUUAUACUUGAUCAGAUGUCACUCAGGCCACCUAUAGACAACAUCUGUGCUAUGCUUAGAAUGCUGCUUUUACUGGAUUCCAGACCCACAAGACUUUCUGAUCAGAGUGUUAUCAAUCUAAGCAGUUUCCUAUCAGGAUACCUGAUUGAUGUUGCAUCUGGCAUUCCAGAAGAUGAUGGCAAGUCCACCAGUUCCAUUCAUGUCAACACAUGCCAUUAUUAUUUCCUACCAUGCUUUUUACUGUUCACAAGAAGUGAAAAGUUUUUAAAGCUCACCUUGGAUGUGAUGGGCUCAUUGAUAACAGAAAAUGGUUCAUCACCUUUUUCUCCUAAUUGUAUUCUAAAUGCCACUGACCAUACGAAUAGGAUAAGAGCUAUUGUUGAAAUCCUUAUAUUGAUGCACAAAGAUGUUAAAAUCCAGCGAAUUCUUUCUUCAUGCAAAUCAGAGAUUGACCAUAUUUUGCAGAACAUGCUCUUAUUACAGGCUUCAAAAGGAAUGAAUAUGAGUAUCGAAGAAAGGCACAAUAUACAAUGUGCAUUUGACCGACUAAAGUGCAUAACAAGUACACUACCCAGUGCGACGCCAAUAAUCUAAAUGCAUUUUUGGAAUCCAAUAAAUUGGCCUACUUUGUAUUUUACAAGAAUGGAGAGAACAUGGAGAAUCGGAUAUGUUGUUGGCAAGAUGUGGAAUUGGGAUGUGUUGUUAAAUCAACUAGUAUAUGUCACCAUAAUCUCAAGAUGACAAGGUGAAUUCACUCUGAUUCAACUUAUCCGAGUCAUGCCAGAAUUAUACCUAGUGGUCUUCAAUCACAUGCUUGUAUUCUUCAGAGUCAAAAGUGAGUGCAAUUUUGAGCCGUAGAUAAGGUAAUCAUCCCCCUUUCUUGGCCUUUUCCUUGGUUUUUUUCCUCUCCUUUUCUUCUGCAUGGCAAUUGCCUACGCACUUCAUCAUAUAGUUGAGUUAUAAGAUAUAUACUUAUAGUUGAUGAGAUUUUGUAGAAAAUUUUGGAAUUGCCCCAAACUGAUAAGAUGGCAUGAGGUUGAAUGCACACAAUUUUGGGAGUUGACUCAUAAGUUAAAAUGAUUCAAUGGAGUAGACGUAUUACACAAAUUUACCUCUCCGAGUGAAUAUUAAUAAAACGCACCAACAAUUGAGCAA